AGAGGGAACAUUGCGCCCUUCGCGUGAGAAUGCGUAAAAAUAAACUGCGUGCAUUUAAAAAAAAAAUUAGAUCAAAUCGCGCCUUUGGGUGACAGUCGGAGGCAAGAGGCUGCACGGCACAUGAUUGACGGCGGGGUUUUUGGUGUUUCUCUCUGCGGUCGUGCUUCUCAUUGGCUGACAACGAACCCCCGACCAAGGAUGCGACCACGAGAUUGGCUGCGCGUCCUCUCCAGCUGUACUUCAAAGAACACGCUCGCUACAACUAGGUAGUGUCGGGGUAGCAGCGAGCCAAGAGAGAGAAACAAACCCGUGUGACCCGAGUCACAACGCGGUGAAAUCUCAAUCACAUUGGAGUCAUACAGCCUCGACACCGCGGACAUUCUCGGCGCUGCACAGAGCCCGGAUAUGGCUACGUCUAUACUGGGGGAAGAGCCACGGUUUGGAACUACACCCCUAGCAAUGCUGGCUGCAACCUGCAACAAAAUCGGCAACACCAGUCCUCUGACAACUUUGCCAGACUCCAGUGCUUUUUCCAAAGGCGGAUUUCACCCUUGGAAAAGAUCCUCCUCCAGCUGCAACCUGGGCUCCAGCCUUCCCGGUUUCACGGUGGGGACGAGCCGAGCCUCAACUGGACUGACGCCGACCAGCGGCGCGGGCAACAGCGCCUUCUGCUUAGCCUCCACCUCGCCGACUUCCUCCGCGUUUUCCACCGAAUACAGCGGUCUGUUCUCCAACUCUGCCGGCGUCACGACGCAGGACUCCGGCCAGUCCGCCUUCAUCUCCAAAGUGCACACGUCGGCGGAGACUCUGUACCCGCGGGUGGGGAUGGCGCACCCAUACGAGUCGUGGUACAAGUCCGGCUUCCACUCCACCAUCUCCGGCGACGUCGCCAACGGCGCAUCCUCGUGGUGGGACGUCCAUAGCAACCCCGGGUCGUGGCUGGACGUGCAGAACCCCGCCGGCACACUCCAGACCUCGCUGCACUCCGGGACGCCCCAGGCCAUCCACUCACAGCUCAGCGGCUACAACCCGGACUUCUCCUCGCUGACGCACUCGGCGUUCAGCUCCACCGGGAUCAGCCCGUCCGCGUCUCACCUGCUGUCCACCAGUCAGCACCUGUUAACGCAGGACGGCUUCAAGACAGUCAUUCCCACUUACACGGACGCUUCCGCCGCCAACGCCAUGAUUUCAGGCGGCACUUCAGGAAUAAGUAGCUCAUCCCGGUCCUCCAGGCGGUACUCCGGCAGAGCGACGUGUGACUGUCCGAACUGCCAGGAGGCCGAGCGGCUGGGGCCCGCGGGGGCCAGCCUACGGAGGAAGGGACUUCACAGCUGCCACAUCCCGGGCUGCGGUAAAGUCUAUGGGAAAACAUCCCACCUGAAGGCGCACUUGAGGUGGCACACCGGCGAGCGGCCUUUUGUGUGCAACUGGCUUUUCUGCGGCAAAAGGUUCACUCGGUCCGACGAGCUUCAGAGACACCUGCGCACCCACACCGGCGAAAAAAGGUUCGCCUGUCCGGUGUGCAACAAGCGCUUCAUGCGCAGUGACCAUUUGAGCAAGCACAUCAAAACGCACACGGCGGGCGGAGGGGGCAAAAAGGGCAGCGACAGUGACACCGACACCAGUAACCUGGAGACCCCGAGGUCCGAAUCCCCAGAACUUAUUUUAGAGGGGGUGAACCCCAGAAUUACAGUUAAGGAUCCGUCUCCUCAUGACGAACCGUGAGGUUUAAUUCUCCAAAACAAACAACAGACAGCAGCUUAUUAAAUAAACUGCACAAUGAAAACGGGUCCAAUUUUACAGACUU